UGGCACCCGUGGUCGUCAUGGGUGUGGCCAGAUGUCUGGGCAUCGUUUGCGCAGUGGCCAUGGGAAUCGGCGCCUUCACGGCGACGCAGCUGGUCAUGGCCAAAGAUGCAAACAUUCAGACGUACCAGAAGUAUUGUCUCAAGGGCAACGUUACAAAAGUCGAGGAGGCGGGUCUUCAUGCCUAUGAGCCCAUGUUGGGUGCUUCAUUCACUUGCAUUCUCACACAGUUCAUCUUGGCCCUGGUGGAGGAUCCCGCUGGGAUGCUGGCCUGGGGCCUCAUUGCCACGCUGCUCUUCCCGCUGACCUUGCUGAUGUACGUGGAGGCCGGCAGAUAUGGCGCCAAGGGCCUGGUGAAGUGGCCCGUGCUGGUGCUCUUCCUGGGUCAGUUGCUUGGGAUCAGCACCAGUUUCCCCGUGCUGUGGCUCCCUGCAGUUCUGUGGGGUCAGGGCAGCGGGGUCACCUCCACUGGAAGGAUCUGGAUGGCGCUGCUGCUGCUAGUGCCCAUUACGCUGGUGGAGCUCUACAUCUUCUUCGGCAGCACAGCCACCAGGGCCUGGACCAUCUGCGCGGGGCUGCUGACUGGGCCCGGCUUGCCCUUCUUGGGGAUCUUGCUGUGGCCCUUCCCUGCACCAGGGUCCGAGAAAUUCAGUGGCGCAGAGCAGUCCAUCAGGCUGCUGAAGGGCGCCUACCGGGCCUGUAUGCUGCCAGCAGCUGCAGGGUAUUACUUCCUGAUUUACCACGCCUACAUGAACAUCUUGGAUUUGCCGAGUCGGUGCUAUUAGUAUUUUCCCUGAAGCUCAAUACAUCUUAAUGCGCUAUUUGGGGAAUCUACUGGUAAUAUUUUCAGAGAUUUGUGCAUGUUUUUCUGGCAUUCAAAUCCAAGGAAUUAUGCCACACCCAAGGAGCUCCUGGAAGCACUCUGGGGGCCCAAGGCAGAUGGGUCGGUGAUGUUCAUGACAGUGGAUUCUUGCGUGCUCACCUUAGCCCUGUUUCUGUACCUCAUCAUGACUUGCCCCUGUAGUGACGUGGCGCUGACCUGUUUACUGACGCCCUUUUUGGGCCCUGCUGCGGGCAUUUGUGCAGCACUGGGGCAGCGCGAAGCCGAGAGAUUGAAGGAGUUCAACGGUGAAGGGUGGCAAUCCUUGUUGUGAUAGUGGCUGGAUGUGGUUGGUGUAUGCUGGUUUUUGGAAGAGACCAGGGGGCUACAGUACCCUUUAAAGAUUGCUGGUUGAUGUUGA